CUCCCUCAUUGAAUACGUUCUGCGCUGUCUCGAGGAGGCUCAGGUGGUCCCGCGUGCUCUGCCCUCCUCAGGAGACGCUCAGGCGCCCGACCUUGGUUCAGAUCUGCGACGACAAGCACUCAUCUUUCAUGCUACAAUUAAGAGACCCUCGAAGCCUGCCUUCUUCCGGUUGGACAGUUGGGAGGAUGACAGUCGUCGUCGACGCCGUCUUGUACUCAACCCUUUUGGAACGUCCCACCCUGAAGCUGUUCUCUGCUACGAUCCACUUCCCAAUAAAGCUGCUACAGCUGAAGGCGACAACUCAGUCACGGCAGAGCAAACCAACACUCUGAAUUCUGUCAUUGAAGCUAAUGCCUUGAACCUC